CAGGCUUCCUUUGGAAGUUCGAGUCCAGUCGGCUCUUUGUCUUCGGAAGAUCACGACUUCGAUCCUUCGGCAGAGAUGCUGGUGCACGAAUACGACGAUGAGCAGACUCUGGAGGAUGAAGAGAUUCAGGAUGGAGAGAAGAACUUUGGUGCAGAAAUCGCUGACUUGGAGAAGGAAGGUAACAUGCCUUUGGAGGAGCUGUUGGCGAUUUACCGCUACGAGGCGUCGGUCAGCACCGCGGCCGCGUCCAGUAUGGACGAGUCAUCAGGGGAACUGCCCGACGAGCUGCCCGACAUGACCUUAGACAAGGAGGAAAUAGCGAAAGACUUGCUCUCAGGAGACUACGAGGAAGAGGCACAGUCUUCGGCAGAUGACCUCACCCCCUCUGUCACGUCCCACGAGGCCACUGACUUCUUCCCUCGCACCCUCAGAUCCAGCACUAUUUACGACGGGGACAAGGAGUCUGAAGGGGAAGAGGAUGGGGUGAGCCCGGAAGAUUCCAGAAAGGAGAUAAUGGUGGGGUCUCAGUACCAGGCUGAAGUUCCAACUCACAUCUGUCACUACGGCGAUAAUGAAAAGGUGUAUGAGGAUGAAGACCAGUUGCUGUGGAAGCCUGGCGUUUUGGCAGAAGGUAAAGUGCGGGACUUCCUGUGGGAGGCCACACUGAGGCCAGAGGGGAAGAGCACUGGUGCCACAGCGGGAGUACACGUACGGGACCACGAGCAGGCGCUGUACGAGCUCAUGAAGUCUAACUACAAUACCCACGAUGCACUUGAAAGAUAUCGCAGCAACGCUAAGUCUUCAAAGGAAGAGAGGCUUCCUUGGACCGAGGAAGAGUGCCGAAACUUUGAGCACGCACUCCAGAUCUACGACAAAAACUUUCACCUCAUACAGAAACACAAGGUGCGAACCCGCUCUGUGGCCGAGUGCGUGGCCUUCUACUACAUGUGGAAGAAGUCGGAGCGCUUCGACUACUUCGUGCAGCAGACCCGGUUUGGGAAGAAGAAGUACAGCUGCUACCCCGGAGUGACGGACUUGAUGGACAGGCUGGUGGACGAGGCAGAAGGCCUGGCUGUGGAUGGGGCGGGGUCAGUGUGCCCGGGCGGGGUUGGGGGUCGGAUGGAACCCAGCGCAGACCAGCAGCUCAGCUUACUGAACUCCAUCACCGCCAGCGACCUCACUGCUCUGAGCAGCGGCGUGGCCACGGUGUGUAGCCCUGGUGAUGCCUUCGGAUACGCCCCGCUGGAGAGCUUACACCACCAGGGGGCGCUGGGCCGGGAGGAGUCUCUGGGCUUCGCCCCCAACGGCGACGGCAACUGCCUAAACAUGCUGGACGCCGGCUUCUACCACGCGGACCCGCGGGGGGGCAAGGCCCGCGAGCGGCCUCCCCCGCGCAGACUGAAGAUGGGCCUGUCCGAGCCCUUCGCCAACGACGUGUCGGUCACGGACCUGGGCGUGGACUUCCAGCCCCGCGGCCACGCCCACCGCCUGGCCGGCACCAAAAUGGCGGUCUCCGUCUCGGACUUCGGCAGCGAGGCCAACGGCUUCCGCUCCUUACACCAGCAGCACGCCGCCCUGCAGGCCGAGUGA